AUCAGACAGGUUAAGAACCACGCCCAAAGGCCCCCAGCUAGUUAGGGGUAGAGCUACUAGUUAUAUAAUAAUGUGUCCACAUGUCUUUCCCAUUAGACUGAACCUCAUGAGACCAGAGAUGGCAAUGGGGUGGUUCACCCUGGUGUGCCUGACAUUUACCAGUUGCUAAAUAAAUAUGAAUUAAAUGAAUAAUGCACAUAGUGAUUUGAAAUAUUAGUACCUUCUUUAUAGAGUAAUAGUAGUAGCAAACAUUUAGCCCACUUGCCAGGCCCUUUCUAAGUUCUUUACAGGUAUGAUUGCACUGCUACCAGCAACCAUCCCAGGUGGGAGGUACCUUGUAUUAUUACUGGAAUGAUGGGGAGGAAAACUGAGGCUCCACGGAGUAGUGACUUGCCUAAGAUCAUUCAAAACAAUAAAAAAGGUGGGUUUGGUAGUCGAUCUUCAUUGCUUAACUGUACCCCAACCGUCUCCAGGCUGCUUGGUUCCAUUUCUGGUCAGUAAAGACAGACCCUGGGCAGUAAAAUGACCUUCUCAGUGUCACCCAGCAAAUCAGCAAGUGCAGGUUCUAGGGUCCAAGAAAGGUUCACCUAUGUACACCCCUAUCCCCAUCACUGUGGGCAGAUUCUUUGGGCUUGUCCUCGUUUCUUGUCCAGCACACAGGAGACACUGGGUAGAAGUUAUUGGGCACAACCUCAAUAAGGAGAGGCGGCCAAUCCUCAAGGAGUCCAUGAGGCACUUGAGGGGCAGCCUUCAGUCCGCAGAUCAUGGCUUUACUCUCUAAUAGGGACUCCUGGGCACUCAGCCCUGUGCAGUGGUUGGGGCGGGGGUGUGGGGUGAGAAGCUUAGCAGCUCCAUCCAGAUGCGAAUUGUCCCUCCCACACUUCCCGGGCUGCGGGGGCCUCCAUUAGAGCCCCUGAGGAGUCAGAAUCCACACCUCCGCAAAUGGGUCCGCUUUCCCAGGGCCCCCCUGCCCAGACCUUCCCUGGGCUCUGUGGGUUUUGACACCUCUCUGUAACCUGGUGGGGGUCCACCUCGCACCUUUGGUUCAGAUAAAAGCUGAGGCCCGAAGGUGGCAGGUCCAGCCUCCCAGAGCCCACAGCCCCGGCAUGGCCCAGUCGCCUCCUCAGCAGAACUUCCUUGGCUUAGACCAUUGGAUCUUCUCCCAGGGUUGGGGCUGGGAGGGCCACUCUGACUCCACGUCCCCAGCCUCUUCCUCGGAUUCCUCGAGCUCGUGCCCCUGUGACAGCGCCCUCGGCCUCUCUCAGACCGCAAACCCAGCCCACAGCGCCGGAGAAGCUGAGGCCACCCCGACAGUGCCCAGACGUGCACGGACGGGUCCAGCGGGUGGACAGCGGCGGAGCGCCAGCGAGCGCGAGAAGCUGCGCAUGCGCACUCUCGCCCGCGCCUUGCACGAGCUGCGCCGCUUCUUGCCGCCGUCCCUCGCGCCGGCCGGCCAGAGCCUAACCAAGAUCGAGACGCUGCGUCUGGCCAUUCGCUACAUCGGCCACCUGUCGGCUAUGCUGGGCCUUAACGAGGACAACUUGCAGUGUCGGCGCCGGUGGCGCGCGGACGCAGUGUCUCCCCAGGACUGCGCGCUCUGCCCCGACGGCGGUCCCGUGCAGGUGCAGACCCGGGAUCCUGGCCCGGGUUUGGGCACUGCUUUCUGUACCGGGCCGUGCUGGGGGUCCCCGCCCUCCUAUCCUGCCACCGGAGCCCUGGCUGAGAGCCCGGGGAGCAGGGUUUCCAACACGGAUUCCUGGGUAACACCCCCUUACUGCCCCAAGAUACAGUCGCCCCCGCUCCAGCCCCUAGGGAGAGUUCCUGACCCGGUUCUUUGGACGCCACCCCAAGCCUGUCCCGGGAAGCAGACAUCCCUAGAGCCUCAAAACCCCGCUGCACCCUGGACGCCACCAGCGGAGCUGGCAGCAGUGUACCAGGGUAUCUCUGGGUCUUCAGAAUCCUGUCUACCUCUGGGAAGUCCACCCCUUCUGCCCCGCCCUUCAUGCCAGAGACUCCAGCCUCAGACACAGUGGGGGUGUUGGAGCCACAGUGCAGAGGCGCUGCCCAGCUCAGAGGACCAGGGACCUGGCCCUGUUUUCCAACUCAGUGAAGUGAGCCUCACCCAGAGUUCAGGCCUACGGCUCAGUAGCUGCCCUGAACUUUGGCAAGAAGAUUUGGAGGAGACCCACCUGGGCAUCUUCUAAUGGCCCUACCUGGCCUUUUUACAUCCAAGAAUCCAGGCUUGCAAUGUGGACGUCCUCCUCUUCUGUUUCUUUGGUGGUUUUAAAGCUUUCUAGCCAAAUACUUAUCAUGAAAACUGUCUGGAACAGAGAUUGUGGGUAUCCUCCCUAGCUGGAGCGGGGUUAUGACAGUGCCCUCUACUGCUAGGCACCCCCCUCCCAUACACCAUGCCUUGUAUUCUGCAGAGCACAGUCUGAGCUGCUAUGAAAAGGGGGCUGCUUGACCCCAAGGAGACCGUGAUGGGACUGGUAAGGGAGUGGGCAUGGAGGCCAGGCUCUUGCUUGCUGUGCUUCUUGGUGACAGCUGUCCAGAAUCCGAUAUGCUUAAGAUGUUUUGUAACUUUUAAAAAAAGAAAAAAAUACCAAUAAAAUUUUGAUACAGUCUGUUUUUCUA